CCAAAGAAUAAGGAAAACGCGAUUCGACCGAAAAACCUGAAGAAACACAGAUCUUCACGAAAUCUUUCUCUUGUGCCCGACUUCUACGAAUUCAAAUGACGAGCUUCAAGAAUCGAAGCCUCCUUUCCUUUGUCGUCACGCGUGCGCAGUCAAACCUCGUACAAUUAGCAAGUUAAUAGUAGUAUUUUGUCCAACUCAGGUUGUUUGAAUAAUUGCCUUCUCUGUUGCAGACAUUCUCGAGUUUGCAGCUUAAAGCUCCUAAAUUGACGCCAUAGCCAGUAUCUCUGAGCUAACUAGGAUGGAAUAUACUAAAAUACUUUAGCUUUUUCCUUGUGGGUUGCUUCUUGUUUUUUACCAAGGAUAAUGUAGUUUUUUGAAGACUAAGGAGAGAGAAAGAAACUGGGAUUUGGGUUGAUUGAGAAUGAGUGUUUCUUUGACUGUAAUGACCUUCAAUCUCCAUGAAGAUCAACCAGAAGGAAGCCCGAAUUCAUGGGAGAAGAGGAGGGAUUUGUGCAUCAGUGUCAUAACUAGUUACUCCCCUAUGAUUCUUUGUACUCAACGAGGGGUAAAAUCACAACUGGAUUAUCUUCAGCAGGGAUUGCCAGGUUAUGACCAAUUUGGAAUAUCAAGAAAAGGAGCUCAAGACACUUCAGAUGAACAUUGCUCAAUCUUCUAUGACAAGGAGAAGGUAGAGCUGCUAGAAGGUGGAACUUUUUGGUUGUCUGAGUCACCUUCAGUACCUGGGAGCAAAUCAUGGGGUUCUGUAGUUCCUUGUAUUGCCACAUGGGUGAUAUCCUUCUUUUUUAAACUUUACAAUUUUCAUCUCCUUUCUUGUUGAAUUCGAUGUUGUCAUUGUUAUGGAAGAGCGCUGUUGUGUGUUUGUUUUCUUGACAUGAUGCCCACACAUUCCAACUCAAAGGAGUCGAGCCACCUGGUUUUUCAUUUCAAGUAGUGAAUACUAAUAUGGAUGAAUUCAGUCCCCGUGCCCGUAGAAGAAGUGCUUUACUUACAUGGCAACACAUUGCAUCCUUGCCUCCUAGUUUGCCUGUUGUCUAUUGUGGGGGAUUCAAUACACAGAAAGAAUCAACUACAGGGCGUUUUCUUCUUGGAAGAUCAAGAGAACAUGGUGUGGUAGGAGAUAUGAGGGAUGCAUGGCCUAGUGCCCGAGUGAGGAGGAAUGCUUCCCUUAUAUGGACUUAUCAUGGAUUCAAAGGUGACAAGCAGGGAGCUCUUGAAUUCCUCAAGUUGAUCUUUAGAGCCUUCUGUCUUUGCUGGGAUCGCCAAACCCAAGAUCUACACGUAGACUGGAUUCUUUUCAGAGGUAGAUCUUUGAUACCUGUUCUCUCUGAAGUGGUGAAUGAUAAUGUCGAUGGGUCUUACCCUUCCUCCCACUAUCCCAUAUUUGCCGAGUUUCUACUUCCACGUACUGUGAGACCCCUUGAACCACCUACUCAUACACAAGAGGAAGAAUAGCAUCCAUUCUGUUCUUGAAGCAUAUACUACAUAUCUGUCAGAACACAUAUAGUUUCUUCAGUUGUGAAGUUUGCCCCCCACGUCUAGAGGAUGAGAAAUAAACAAAGUCAAAAAUUGAUUUCAUCUCAAGAACUCUGGGGUAUUUAAGUAUUUUCAACUGUCAUAUGAUCCAGACACUGAUCCAUAACAGGAGGAGGACUACAUGUCUGGGACUUAAUUCUUUUAGUUGUAGGAAUGCAUAUUUAUUCCACAUCGAUUUGUAUCAAGUUCAAAUGCUAGCCUUUCUUAAAUUUUGUUGCUACUGUCAAUAUGGCUAAUGUUAUAUACCAAUUUCCAUUGAAGUCUUU